AUGUCGAGGACCUUGCUUCUGCUGAGCAGCAUGCUCAUUGCCUUGACGUUGGCCUACUCGGCGUUGGAUAGCAUCAAGCAUCGCUUCUACAUCUUCGACCCCACCUCAGUAGCAUCCAUAGCGCGUCGGAACGUCCUCCUCCACCAAUCCCUCAACCACAGCUCCCCACUCCCCCUCUUCGAGGCCAUCCAACGCGAUCUAGCCGCCUCCUCGCCACGAAUCGCUGCCCACCUCAACUCGCACCCACUCACAGACGAGAAGGAAUGGAUGUUCAACAACGCAGGUGGAGCAAUGGGUAGCAUGUACCUCCUGCACGCCUCGAUCACCGAAUACCUCAUCUUCUUCGGCACCCCAUUGGGCACCGAGGGUCACACGGGACGUCAUACGGCGGACGACUAUUUCCACAUCCUCACAGGAACGCAGUAUGCUGCCUAUCCUCACUCAUUGACCCCAGAAGUGUAUCGCGCGGGGGACGUUCACCAUCUCAAACGCGGCCAUGUCAAACAGUACAUGAUGCCCGAGAGUGGGUGUUGGGCACUCGAGCUUGCUCAAGGGUGGAUCCCACCCAUGUUGCCCUUUGGGUUCGCGGAUACCGUCAGCUCUACGCUCGACUUUGGGACUUUUGCGCGCACGGUGUGGAUUACGGGAAGGGAGAUGGUCAAGAAUUUGGUGAAGGGAAAAUUCUAA